UCACAUUCACACACGGGACGAACAAACAACGAACAACGAAACUACGCAUUCUUAUCUUUCUGGGUUUUUUAUAUAAAAUUUACUCAAAAUUAUAAAUAAAUAUAAAAAACCCAGAAACGUAAUUUCGUCAAGUUCAAAAAUUCAAUUCCCAGAAUCAUAUCUUUCCAUAAAAAAAAGAUUCCAUAAAGCUCCUUUUUCUCUGUGGAUAAAUCUUCUCUCUCAGAUAGAAUCUCAUACCCUUCGGAAUCUUCACCUUUACAAACAUUUUUUUCAUAAACCUGAUCUUGUUCAAUUCCAAGAUUUUGUUGUUGUUGUUGUUAAAAUGGCGAUCAAAACGAAGACUAGUUUAAUCCCGAGUUGUGCAUCACCAGAGGAUCUAAAACGUGUAUUGACAACGUUAGGUUCAAGCUGGGGAGAUGUAGUCGAAGAUCUAGAGCGGCUUGAGGUUGUUCCUUUAAAAGGAGCUAUGACGAACGAGGUUUAUCAGAUUAAUUGGCCUACUUUAAACGGUGGUGUUGGUGGUGAACAAGAUGAUGUUCAUCGGAAAGUUCUUGUUCGGAUCUACGGUGACGGCGUUGACCUUUUCUUUAACAGAGAUGAUGAAAUCAAAACCUUUGAGUGUAUGUCUCAUCAUGGUUAUGGUCCUAAGCUUCUUGGUCGUUUCUCUGAUGGUCGUCUUGAAGAGUUCAUCCACGCCAGAACUCUUUCUGCAGAUGAUCUUCGUAUAGCUGAGACAUCUGGUUUCAUUGCUGCGAAGCUAAGAGAGUUUCAUAUGCUUGAUAUGCCUGGUCCUAAGAACAUUAUCCUCUGGGAAAGACUUAGGACUUGGCUUAAGGAGGCUAAGAACUUGGCUUCACCAAUAGAGAUGGAUGAGUUUCGGUUGGAAGCUUUGGAAGGUGAAAUCAAUUUGUUGGAGGAGAGACUGACUAUGGAUGAUCAAGAGAUUGGUUUCUGUCACAAUGAUCUUCAGUACGGUAACAUCAUGAUUGAUGAAGAGACCAACGCUAUUACCAUCAUAGACUAUGAGUAUUCGAGUUUCAACCCAAUUGCUUAUGACAUUGCAAACCACUUUUGUGAAAUGGCUGCUAAUUAUCAUUCAGACACUCCUCAUGUUCUGGACUACACUCUAUAUCCAGGAGAAGAAGAACGGAGAAGGUUCAUUAGCACAUACCUUGCCUCUACAGGGAAUGCAACAAGUGAGAAAGAAGUGGAUAGAUUGCUGAAUGAUGCAGAGAGCUACACUUUAGCAAACCAUAUCUUCUGGGGCUUAUGGGGAAUCAUCUCGGGACAUGUGAACAAGAUUGAGUUCGAUUAUACGGAAUAUGCAAGGCAGAGAUUUAAGCAGUACUGGCUUAGAAAGCCUUUGCUUCUGGAUUUACAUUAAAAAGAUGAAGAACAAGACUCGCAUUGAAGCCGAUAUACAUUGAAUUCCUAAAAAGUUUAUGCAAAUAGAUUCAAGGAAAAGGGAAAAAAUUAGGAGACUAUCUAUAUUGCAAUUGUUAUUUUCAUCUACAGUUCAUGUUUUAUUUUUUCCUUGUAUAUAUAGAGAGGUUUGUAAACUUUCAAAA